AUGAAUCUGGACAAAUUGGAAGUCGCUUUACAACGGGAUCCCAGCCAGGUCACGGUGGACGAACUCAAUGAGUGGUACGAGCAGUUUUUGGCGGUAAGUAGAAGCUUUUUUGCGAUGUCCAUUGGCCUUUAAUUGGCUCGAAAUGGAGCAGAGUGGACCAAAAAGUAUUUGAAAUCAAUUAUCAAGGGAUUAAAUUGAGUUUGCCCUCCUUUUUUCUCAUUUUUUUGCUAAUUUACCUAGUGUAAUGUCCGAAAAGUCAAAAAAAUAAUAUUAAUGGGUCUCUGAAGGUGUAAGGUAAUUUUAUUUGGCGGAAAAUUGUUUGUUGGUCAUUUUUACGUCUAAAAAGGCAAGAUUAAAUAUUACUUUUCUAUUAGAAAAAAAUUUUUUUGAGAUAAUUCAAUUUUUUGACCAAAAUUUUUCUAAAGUAGGGUAAAUGUGGCUAUAUUGACUGUUGUAGAUUGAUAUUAUUGAUCUUUUUCGACUUGAGCGAUUCAAAAAUGGAGAUAAAAAUAAGUUUUUUACACGGUUUUGGAAGUUUUUUAUUUUUGCACGGUGCAAUCUUUUUCAGAAACUUGCACUGUGCAAAAAGACGGAAAAAAUUGCACUGUGCAAAACUUAAAAUACGAUUUUUUAACAUUUGCCAUGACUGACAAAUAUAUUUUGAUAGAAAAAGUCAAAAUUUUGUGUUGGAUUUUUCGCACAGUGCAUAUUUCAAAAACCCGGGGAGAUCUGCACUGUGCAAAAAAUUAAAAUUUUUUUUCGAAUUUUUCAAUGUAUUUUUGAUCAUCAAAUUAUUUUGUUAUAAUUUUGGUCGUAUUUCAGCACGAGAUCACCGGCGACGAGCCCUCGGAGGACCUGAAUUUGAUCUAUCGCGGCCUCAAAUGGGUCAUGCAAUACGAGCACACGAAUGCCGAGGAACUCCGCGAAUUGGCCGAACAACAGGCCAUUGAGAACGCCGAGAAGGAGGAGAAUUGGGAGUUGGAACGCGAGAAUUUGAUGGUAAUAUUAUUACAAAAUCAAAAAAAAAAAAAAAAAAAAAAUUUUGGAUUACUGUAACAAAAAUUUUUUUUAGGAGCAAAUUUCCGAACUCCGAGAGAAUAUCACAAGUAAAGCUGGAGUCGACAUGACCAGUGAGGCUUUCCGAGCCGAGAUUGAUAGCCUGAGGGCGGAGAAUAGUCAUCUGAAGCAGAUUAAUCGAGAAAGAGACAUCGAAUUGGCCGAUCAAAGGGAGAAAAUGGAGGAAUAUUUGGGGAGAAUCGGAGUGCUGGAGAAUGAACGAAGGAACUUGACCAAUGCGGUAGGAAGUUUUCAGAAAAUUGACCUUCAAAAAUAACUUUCUGAUCUACAAUGGAUAUGAACAUGUUUCAUCGUAUAACAUGUCCCUUUUCGGUUUAGACUGGAAUUUGUGGGUUGAAUUUGUAGUAUACUUUGUUAAAAGCACUAGAAUAUACAGAAUUGUGUGUAAAACUCAAAUUUGGCAGUGCAUGCCCUUGGGAAAAAUUAAACAUGUUUUGUCGUAUAACUUGUCGCUUUUUUGAGUUAACACUGAAAAUGAGAUUUAGAGUAGUAUUUUAUAUUCUGUAACGCUUGAAAAUAAAAAAUUGCUUCAUAGACCUUCAGGCACAGCCAGACAUGUUUCAUCGUAUAAAAUGUCGCUUUUCUGUUCUAACGCUAGAAAUUAGGGUUGAUUUUGACAGAUAAUGAUUCUCCAUCUCUUUAGUAUCUAGAACACACGGUAUAGUCAUAAAUUUCCACUAAAUUUACAUCUAAAUUUCAUAAAAGAUAUCAAUUCCAAGUAUAAUAUAACCUUUCCUCAAUUUCAGCAAAUCCAACUUGAAGAUGCGAAUAAAGAGUUGACCCGCCGGAUCUCCCGCAUGACCGAGGACAUUCCCAUCGGUGAUAGAUCGGAAUCCAGGAUGCUUCGACAGCGACACGAGCAAGCAAUCGAGUUGAGUAAUCAGCUUCGGAGUGUGAUUGCACAGAAUGAGGAGCUCGAAAAAAGGGCGGAGAGCCUCAGUCAGAACCUGGAAGAAGCUACAGUCUUGAUCAAAGAGGCGAAUUCGAAGAACGAAACGUUAAGAGAGCAGUUGGACAAGGCCAACAACACGUUGGAUAAAGUGGCCGAGGAAAAUGUGAAUAUGAAGAGAAUUGUAAGUCAAACAAAGGCUAAAUAGUUCUUCAAAGCAUGUAUAGUAAAAUUAGAUCAAUAGUCAAUUUUUGGCAACUUAAUUUUCUCGUUUUUUAGCUCGAUGGAAAGGACGAACAGCUGUUUGCAAGCAAAAAAUCGACCGAAAUGACGGAAAAACAAUGGGAGGAUCUGGUCAGACAAAAGGAUAUUCAAUUACAUCGACUCAGAGAGAACAUCAAGAAAUAUGAAGUGAGUAAUUCAAAAUUUUGGGUAAAGGGACAUUUUAUACGAGAAAAUUUAUUUUUCAUUUUUUUGUCGUAUAAAAUGUCACCACAUAGAAAAGUUGCAGUUCUACUGUGAAUCGAGAGCCUUAUUGUACGACAGAUAGCUUUAAAAUAUUUGAAUAACUUGUUUUCUAACGGGGCGACAUUUUAUACGAAGAAUUUCAAUUUUCAAAAUUUUUCGUAUAAAAUGUCGCCCUAGUCAAAAUUGUUGAUUUUGUUAAACCCUUAGGUCAUCACAAUGGAUUUUUUAAUCAAUUUUCUUUUUCAAGAAGACAUUUUUUACAGAAAAUUUUUUUCGUGUAAAACGUCACCUUAUUGAAAAAUGAUGACUAUACUUCAAUAUCAAUUUUCAGACCGAAAUCACUGAUCUCCGCACAAAAAUCCAGUCCGAUUACACGCUCGAACGGGAACAAGAGCUGGAGAAACUUCGGGUAGAGCUGGUCGAAGCGACCAAUCUGGCCCGUCAAUUGUUCGGCGAAAGGUCUCAAGAUCAAGAUGGAACAAAAGUGGAUGCCACCAGUCAAAUUAGAAACCGAAUGGUUCACAUAAACAAGGAGCUAACCGAGUGCAGAGAGCAGCUGAAAAAAGAGGAAUCUGAGAGGAAGUCGUUGGAGAAACAGUUGGAAAACAAGGACACAGCGUUGGCCAAGGCGCACGGGGAUCUGGCCAGACUUCGACAGGUUUGUUGGCUUGGUCUUGAAAUAAUAAUUUUUGGGGUUUUUAGCAGCUUUUUGGGUCCACCGACGAGUUUGUCCGCGAUUUGGAGAGACAGUUGGAGUUCCGCGAUCGCCAAAUCGCUCAGCUCACCGUCAAAUGCUCGCUGCUUCAGCUGGAACUGGAGAAGGAGGAAGAACAAGAUGCCCAGAGAUCAGAGAAGCCAUUAUCGCCAACUUCUCCACACGAUCAUAGCAGAUCUAAGCCUCCGAAACCGCCGAAGCAACGAAAAUCCCGGCCAAAAUCGGCUUCCAGAGAAGGGCCGAAAACAGCGGCCGAACGGCCCAAAAGUCCGGCUGAUUUGGAGAGGAGGACAGACAAAGAGCCUGAGGACAUUGGGCAUGAAGAUCUUCCAGAUUCACCUGCUAGUUCGUCGAGUUCGAGGAGUUUUGAUUGGGAUGAGGAGAAGAACCGACUGGUCAAAGAAUUGAAGGAAAAAAGGACAAAAGAGGCCCUAGAAUUUAUUGAGAGGAUAUCAGAGGAAGUCAAUACAACUGUGCCGUUCGAUGCGAUCGCUCCACUUUACAAUGAGCUGAGGAAAGCGCAUGAGGUUAGGAGUUAUAUUAUAGUAGACAGUAGAUGGUUCAGUAAGGGAGUGCUCGAAAGAGGACUCUUGGAUUUGCUUGAAAUUAAGAAUAUGAGGGCUAACUAGACUAUAUUUUAGCUACUAAAAAUUUCGGCUCGCUCUGUAAAAUAACAGCCGAGAUAUUUAGCGAUUUUUAGACCUCGAAUUUGCAAUUUUACGAUUUUUGAAAAUUGAUGACUAAAGCAAUAUAAAACGCGUUUAACCUGGCUUCAAAGCUAUUUUUAACACUUUUAGAAGCUCAAAGACAAAGACUCAAUCAACGACCAGCUUCAAGAGUCGAUAAAAUCAACAAGAAUGACCAUUUUAACACUGAAAACGGACUUAUCCAAGGCCAAAAAAGAGCUGGAAGACUUCAAAGAGCAAAUUCUCGGCUCCGAAUGGCAGAAUCCAAAUGACUCCGAGUUCAGAAAAGAGUUCGAAGCCUUGAGAGUGGCGAACAUCGAAUUACAAAAUCUGGCCGACUCGGUGCGAAUAAAUGGCUCCGAUUUGGAGCGGAGGUUCGAGGAGAGCGCGAGACGGCUAAUUCAUCUGGGAAUCGAGAAUAGUCGACUCGAACGACAACUGAAAAAUGAGAAAAAAUUGAGAGAAGUGAUCAGCACACAAUAUCAAUCAGCUCAGCUGAGAUUGACAGGGAUGAGUUCGGAGAAUUCGAAAAAUUUGAGGAGCUUGGUCAAGGAGAAUGUAAGUCAAAAUUCCGAGAAAAAAACGGUUGAAUUUUGAUGAAACCCGGUGGAAAUUUAGAUUAAGAUUUUUUUUUGAAGAUAUUCGAAAUUUUUUAACUUGCACUUUGCAGAAAACCCCGAAAUUUUUGGCUUCAAAAAAAUUUUUUGGAUUUUGCACGGUGCGAAAUUUUUGAAAAUUCGAAAGUGGCAAGAUUUUUAUCAAAAUGGGCAAAAAUUUAGAUUUCAUUUUUCUAACAAUGAUAAAAAAUUUUUUAACCCGCGCUUUGCAGAAACGAAAUUUUUAGUGAGAAAAUUUUUUUGCACGGUCCAAUUUUUCUUAAUUUUGAGCGUGUUGAAACCUCAGCUCAAAAAUGAUUUUUAGGAGCAAAAUGUCUUGGAGAUUGCGCGUUUACACAACAUUGUCUUUCAUUCUGUCCCUAUGAAGACUUAUGAUGGACUGUUGAAGAAGUAUAAAAACUUGCUUCACAAUUAUACAGUGACCAUGUUGGGGAAGUCUGAGGCGGAAGCAGAUGCUGGCUAUGAGAGCGAGGUAAGUUGAUCAUAUUUAUUGCCUUGUGGCAAUGGUAAUUUUUCCAAAAAAUAUGUCAUCAUGACACAUUUUUUCUAAAAAAUGUGUCAUGAUGACACAUUUUUUGAAAUUCGAAAUAUAACCUGGUUUUCUGAAAAAUAGGUCAUCAUGACUAUUUUGUCGGAAAAUUAUGUCAUAAUGACACAUUUUUUGGAAUUCGAGAAGUAACCUUGUUUCUAAAAAAUAGGUCAUGCUGACGAUUUUAAAAAAUAUAUGUUAUGAUCACACAUUUUCCCCUAAAAAAUCCGUCAUUAUGACACAUUUUUUGGAAUUCGAGAAGUAACCUUGUUUCUAAAAAAUAGGUCAUGGUGACUAUUUUUGAAAAAAUUCAUUAUCAUCACACAUUUUUCCCCUAAAAAAUCCGUCAUUAUGACACAUUUUAUCUUCAGAUUGAUGACCGAAACUUUGACAUCUCGCUAGCACCGGCCCUGACCGCCGACACAAGUCCAGAGGAACUGAUCUCCGAGAACAAAACCCUGCGGGAAACAACGGAAAUCCUGGAGAAGCAACUGCAAUAUUGGCAGCGAAAGAACGACGAGAAAAGAGAGGAAAUCGACCAUUUGCAGUCGUUUGUCGACGAACUGAAAAAAGAGACGGAUCUGAAGAGUUUGUUGGCCAAUAUGCAGGACCGAUUUCUGUUGGCGCUGCGGGAGAAAAACGAUGGGAUCGAGGAGCAAAUGGCCAAUGAAAGGGACCUCCGAAAACUGGCAAAAGAGUUGAAUUCGACCAAAAAGUUGUGGAAAUUGGAUCGACAGCGGCUUGUGGAAGUCGUACUGGCUCUUCAAUUUAACAUUGAAGUGAGUUUUGGAUUGAGUUUAGCGAAAAUUGAAGUGAUUCUGCACUGUGCGGAGUAAAAUUUUGUUAACCGCACUACGUGGGAAAAAAUAAAUGGUGAAGCAUUAAAAUUCGUAUUUUACAUAUACCUGUGAUGUAGUUCACAAUCACACAAAAAAAAUUUUUUUUGGCUCAGUGCUUCAGGGUAAAAAGUUCUUAUCAAUUUUUUCGACUGCACUGUGCGCAAAAGAAGGUCGAAAAUCCGCACUGUGCAAAGGGAAAUAAAAUUUUGCACAGUGCGAAAAACUCUAAAAUGGCAUCUAGAGCCCUAAUCAAAUUUUUAUUUUUCAAUUUUUACCGAAAAAUUACAGUAAUCCAAACUUUUAGAAGCUCCGAGCGAGAACGGCCAAAUCACUUACAGUAACUCAACUCCACGCUCUGGCCGAACUCUUCCGUGAAAUGAAAGACAAGCUGACUUAUCUAGACACCCGGAAUCAUGAGUUGGAAGUCAAGGAGAUCGAAACCGAGGCCUCGCGGACAAGUUAUGAAGCGAAAAGAGAAAGUAUUGAGGAAUUAUUGGAGUAUAACAUGGAUUUGGAGCGGGCGCAGGUCCGAAUGGCCAAUGUUUUGACUCAAUUCAAUCUUCUGAAGGCCGAACAAAGCCGAGGAGAGGCUAAAGUAGGAUGGGCUGGGCUAAAAUACGAAAUUUUUUGUAGAUAAAACAGCUGGAAGAGGUUGUCAGACAAAAAGAUGAGGAAUUGAGUGAUCUAAAAGCGGAAUUGAACGAGGUGGAGAUGAUGAAAAUCGAUCUGAGACCUCUACAAGAGCUGCCAAAACAUUUGGAGACCAAAAGCCCUGAGGUAAAAUAAUUUUUGAAAACUUUUAAAAUCGUAUUUUACAUCAAAAAUUUGAAUUUUUCUCUCAAAUAAUGAAAUAUAGCUGGGUAAAAUUCACGUUUUCAGUCGACAAAUCGCUCAGAAAAGCCCUCAAAUCCGGUGGAUGAUCUGAGUUCGAGAAGUUCGAGCAGUUCAACCACAAGUUCAAGUGAGAAUGCGGGGAAAGUGCUGAGAAAUCUGCCGAAACCCGUGAUUGUCGACAACUCAAAACAAUAUGAAGUGGAGAUUGAGAGGUUAAAAGAGGCGGCAAGAGUCUCAAUUGAGAGUUUACAGGUGAGUCGAUGGAAAUAUCCGCAGUUUUUAUGGUGGUGUAGGUCAAUAGUUGUGGUGAUCAAGGUGUGAAAUUCGGAUUUUCAGAUUUUCUUAAGAUUUGGUAUCUACGCUUUUUCUAGGCCGUAUUUUAUUUUCUGAAAGCUUUUAAGUUCACAGCGGCGGUCGAGAUUUUGAACGCUCUUUAUUUGAUGAGAGACUAUGGAAAAUGCGGAGAGACGGUCAGAGAAAAUUUUUUUUAGCUCUAUUUUUCAGUCUUUCGCUUGAAAAGAAUUAAUUUUUUAUGUGGAAAAAUUACACCUACCUGUCAUAAGUUUUUCAGACCAAAAAGCAGGAAAAAUCAUCCAUUUUUUGCUCAGUUUUGAUCUAAAAAUGUCGAUAAUUUAUGCAAAGUUCGAUAAAAAAAAUUUUGAACUGGGUUUGAGGAAUUCUAUUUGUAUUUUUUGUAAAAUUUCAUCAAAAUGAUAGUCAUUUUAAACCAUUUUUUUUGGAAAAAUUUCUUUUUUUACCAAAAUUACGUGAUAUUUGGUCAUUGCUUCGUAUUUUACCACUUCCAUUCCAGACCCAACUCUCCCAAAAAGACAAAACUAUCGAGGAGUACAAAGAGCUCCUCGAGAAACUGUCCAUCGAAGCCAAUCAACAUCACGAAUCACCUCAAGCCGUCUUCGAAGAAGAACAUCAACAGUUCUUGACUCGACUUUCAAGUUACGACUCUAAUGAAGAUGCAAAUCGAGAGCUGAUUGCACUAAAAUGGGAGAAGCGAGAGCUCGAGGAAAUCAACAGAAAUCUGGCGGAGAGAUUGAGAGAGUCGCAGGAAGCAAUGGGAAAACGGAGAGAGUCCAGAGAAAGAUUGGAGAGCGGGAAAGAAAGCCAGGAAGUCGGAGUUCAAGCCAACGUGAAGAGGAGGUCCAGGUGAGAAAUUGAAAAAUAUUAUGUUGGGGAUGAGAAUGACUCAUAAAUUGGAUGUAAAAUACGAGCAGUCCUUUCUUGGUUACUGUAAAAAGUUAUCAUUUGUUUUGAUAAUAAUUUUUACUGUAAAAGAAUUUAAUAACGCCAGUAAAAAAUUAGAGAACAAGGAUGAUUUCCGACUUGUGACAUAGUAAUACAAGUGACAAGUAAAAACACCAAAAUUAUGUAAAUUUUUUUUGCUGCGAUAAAGCAACCUUUAGUGUAGAAAAGGAAUAGUAAAACACGCAAAUUCCGGAGUUAGUUCUUCGAACUUGACCUCGAAAAAUCAAAAAAGAAUUGAGGAAAAGGUAAUGGUAAAAUACGUGAGCUUUAGCUCGAAAACCCCAAAAGAAAUUGGAAAAAGUUAUGUCAUCAAAUUUUGCAACAGAUUUGACAAGGAAAGUACUUUUAUGGGGGCUCCUACUUUUUGACGGGACAUACCUCAAAACAUCAGAAAAAAUGCGCUGAUCAAGUAUAUAUAAAUCUUAGCUGCCCAUUUUAGGUUUUUAGGGGUGAAAAUGCCCAAAAACUGGCUUAAAUUCCCUACAAAAGGCGCAGGCAUUCGAAACGAUAAAAAGCGCAGUCGGUCUCUUCCUUCGGAAGAGAGCGGUGUGGCCGAGUGGUUAGUGCCGUAGUCUGGGAAUCAAGAGGGAGGACGCUGCACGGGUUCGAUUUCCCUUUUGGGCCGAAGUAACUUUUUUUAAAGUUGAAGGUCUGAAAAAUAAAUUUUUGUGCCAAACCUGAUUUAUUACGUCUUAGAAACUCAAUAAACAUCAUUCUAAGCCAAAAUAAAAAUUGUAAAAAUGUGAAAAAUUGAGCGAAAAGGGGUUAAUAUAGGACUUUAAGUCAUCUUCCGACUGAGUUUUCACCCCUAAAAACCUAAAAUGGGCAGCUAAGAUUUAUAUAUCCUUGAUCAGCACAUUUUUUCUGAUUUUUUGAGAUAUGUCCCAUCAAAAAGUAGGAGCCCCCAUAAAAGUACUUUCCUUGUGAAAUUAAAUUUUCGCGGUCUUUUAAAAAAAAUAUAGUAAAAUACGACCAUCCUCAAUAACCAAUUCUGGGUUAGUUCCCCCCGAACUGUAACUCAAAAAAGAACACCUGCCCAAGACAGGAAUCGAACCUGUGUCGCCACGGCCACAACGUGGAGUACUAACCACUAUACUACUUGGGCCGGUGACCUUAUUUCUUCACUUUGACGACUACUUAGCUACUCUUCUUUUGAAUACAAUCUCAAGCGAAUAAGAAUUGCGAGAAAUUAAUGAGGUAUUCGUAUUCAGAAGAAGAGCAGCUGAGUAGUCAUCAAAGCGAAGAAAUAAAGUUGCCGGCCCAAGUAGUAUAGUGGUUAGUAUUCCACGUUGUGGCCGUGGCGACACAGGUUCGAUUCCUGUCUUGGGCAAGUGUUCUUUUUUGAGUUACAGUUCGGGGGGAACUAACCCAGAAUUGUUUAUUGAGGAUGGUCGUAUUUUACUAUACUUUUUUUAAAAGACCGCGAAAAUUUAUUUUCAAAUCUGUUGCAAAAUUUUAUGAGAUAACUUUUUCCAAUUUCUUUUGGGGUUUUCAGCCCGAAGUUGACGUAUUUUACCAUUACUUUUCGUCACUGUAUUCUUAAAUCGCAUACCUUACUUUGUCAAUCAAUGAUCUUUACUUUCAGGUCUUCCGUCCCAUCCAAAUCGGCGUCAGAAUCCGGCUCCGAACCUUCGACUUCGGACUCGGGAACAGUCGAUGAUUUCGACGCUCGGCCAAGACGCUCGCGCUCCCACAGCUCUCAUUCCAGCACUCCCUCCAAACACAGUGAAGAAUCAAAGGAUUCCAAAGCCACUGGAGGCACUUAUACGAAGCCAGUGGAGAACGAAUCCCAAAUUUUCCGACAUCGAAACGAACUACGACGCCUUCGAAUGAGACUCAUCAAUUUGGAAGCGACCAAUCGAGAGCUACGGAAUGAAUUGGAGUCCAUGAAAGAGAGAUAUCGAUUCCACGGCCAGCGAAAUCCCGAUCCGAAUGCGGAAGUCAACAUCUAUCGAAGAGAUAACGACAGGUUGAAGCGCGAAGUCGCCAAUCUUCAGAAGACCAAUGAAGAACAAAAGACCAAGAUUGUGGAGAUGGAGAAGAAGGAGAAACGGCAGAUGAGCUCUAUUGUAAGUUGGAGGGAUUUUUUGGGGAUUUCGAGAUUGGAGAGAUUUUAAAAUACGUGGUAUUCAGCAUCCAAUUUUCUUAUAAAUACAUAUUUAGACCGUAGUGGAGAAAACUACGGGCUUGUACCAAACGACAGGAAUUAUUGUUUCUCUAACGGUCCAGAAGUCAAAAUCUUUUACAUGCGAUUUCGGAAAAGAUUACGAAACACUAUUGAUAAAAUGAAAUUGAAAUAAAUCCACUAAAACGUAGACUUCCAUAAAAGCCAAGACAAUGACAAAAUACGAGGUUCGUGGUUAGUGCCCCAAAUUGUAACUCUGAAAUCAAAAAAUGUUACUUGAUUCACAGUUAUGCUAUUUUAAGAAUACAUUGACGAAAAGUUAUGGUAAAAUAGGUCAACUUCGGGCUGAAAACCCCAAAAGAAAUUGGAAAAAGGUAGCUCACGAAAAUUUUGCAAGAGAUUUGAAAUUUUAAUUUAAAAAUUUUCGCGGUCUUUUACAAAAGUAUAGUAAAAUACGAUCAUCUUCAAUAUUCAAUUCUUGGUUAGUUCCCCCGAACUGUAACUCAAAAAAGAACACCUGCCCAAGACAGGAAUCGAACCUGUGUCGCCACGGCCACAACGUGGAGUACUAACCACUAUACUACUUGGGCCGGUGACUUUAUUUCUUCACUUUGAUGACUACUCAGCUACUCUUCUUCUGGAUACGAAUACCUCAUUAAUUUCUCGCAAUUCUUAUUUGCUUGAGAUUAUAUUCAAAAGAGGAGUAGUUGAAUAGUCAUCAACGUGAAGAAACAAAGUCGCCGGCCCAAGUAGUAUAGUGGUUAGUACUCCACGUUGUGGCCGUGGCGACACAGGUUCGAUUCCUGUCUUGGGCAAGCGUCAACUUUUUUGAGGUUUAGAGCUUACUUUUAGGAGAAGUUUCACCGGAAUUUGAGUAUUUUAACGUCUAGUUUUUAUAACUUUACCGGGUGUUGUUUUUAUUUCGUAAACUUUUUUUUAUUCUCUUAAAACCGUCUUUAUUUUUUUUAUUUUUUUGCCGUCUUGACUGAUUUUUCUUUUCUUACGGGGUUUUUACCCCAUUCUCUUCGUAUUUUACCAUAAUUUGAACCCAUUUUGAGUCUCAACCCAAAAAAAUCCAUUCUAGGACACUGUGAAGCUUUGGGAAGACAAAAAACGCAUCGAAGUGGAACGGCAGACCCUCGAACAGCGCUGCGCCAAGCUCCAAACCAAAAUAAAGGAGUUACAAAAUGGCCAAGAAAGGCGCGACAAGUUGAUCGAGAAGAUCAAAAACUCAUCCGGAGCGAAUGUUGGAGCCAAUCAACGGCUCCAAAAAGAGUUGGAAGAGACUCGCCGAAGGCUGGCAGAGAUGGAAACUGCUGAAGAGCAGAUGAAAAAACAAAUUACAGUGCUCCAAAACACGGUGAAAGCGACUACAGAGAGAUUGGAAAGCGUGGCUAGGGUACGAUUUUUUGUUGUAAACUUGAUUUUUUUUCAAAAAAAAAAAUUUUUUUUUUUUGAUUUUGCAAAAAAAUCUUUCAGGAGCGCCAAUCGCUAGUCCAGAAGAUGCACCGACAAACCUCGACAGCCAAGCCUGAACAGACCUCGAUUUCCGUGCAAACCUCCACAAUUCCAACGCGAUCUCAGCCCUCUUCGCCCAUCAAAUCACCAAUGAAACCAAAUCUUCCCUCAAAAGCGAUCAAAAUCAUAGCGAACAGUCACAAAUCGACAAACACUGCAGAAUACUCGAACGAGGACGAACGAAAAUGGGUGGAGGAGGCGAGAGAGGUGAGGGAGAAACUUUUUUAAGUGUAAAAUACGAGGUCCAAUAGAUUUUUGUCGAAAAUUGGCCCAAAAAAUGGGGAAAAUAACAUUUCUGACCAAAAUAUGAUCUAAAAACACGUUUUUUGUAAAAUACGAUGACCAUUUUUUACUGGAAUUCUAUUUUUGCAUGUAUAAAAGAUCCUAUUACACAAUUCCCCUCAAAAAAUCCCAAAAAAAUUUGUUUUUUCCAGCUACGCCUCGAGAAUAUGAAAGUCACCGAAGAACUAGAGAUCCUGCGGAAAGAUUACACAGUAUUAGAGAUGGAAUUCACCACGUUCAAGAACCUAAAACGACGAUCCAUUCAUGACAAUGCGGCCAUCAAACUGUUGGAGGACAAGCUGAAAGGAAAGGAGAGGGAAAUCCAGCAUAUGGUAGGUGAUUUGGCUGUCUGAACAUCCUGUAUAAGGUGUUCGAAAACUCUGGAAGUAACGGACUAGCUAAGUUGUACAGCGGCGGACCUGAUGGCAAAAAACAUACCAUUUUUCAUCCGGGAAGUAUCAAAAAUGUGGCAAAAUACCUCCAUUUCCAAGUGAAAGACUCCGAUUUCAAAAACGCACCCCUCUUUUUGUGAGGGUCCCUUCGAAACGGAGUUUUUUCACUUGGAGAGGGAGGUAUUUUGCUGCAUUUUUGAUACUUCCCGGAUGCAAAAUGGUACGUUUUUUGCCAAUGGAUCCGGUCCUCCGCUGUAAUGUACUAGCUAAGCUGUACAGCGACGAACCUGACCCCGUGGCAAAAAACGUACCAUUUUGCAUCCGGGAAGGGACCAAAAAAGAAGCAAAAUACCUCCCUCUCCAAGUGAAAAAAACUCUUUUGGGCGUCGCGCUUCUGAAAUCGGAGUUUUUUCACUUGGAGAGGGGAGACAUUUUGCUACUUUUUUGAUACUUCCCGGAGGCAAAAUGGUAUGUUUUUUGCCACUGUAUUUUGCCCCCAAAAGCCACAGGAUGCUCUCAAUUUUGAUGAAAGCAACUUUUUUCCUACUAAAGUGGCAGAGAUAUGGCCAAGAGACCUUUUCUUCUCUGACCACUCUCUGCAUUUCCCGUUCUCCCUGUGCGGAAAAGAUUUUUGAAUAUUUCCGAUGCGGAGGCAAAUUGCGAGCUAAAAUUUUCAGGGGUUGAUUUAUGGCCUAUAUAGAGUAAAUCGGCAAAAUUUCAAAAAGAAAAAAAAAUCGAAAAUUUGAUAUUGUGGUAUCCUAUCAAAUUUACAAAAAUCUAAAAAAUCUUUCAAAUAUUACAGAUUUAACUACUUUUUCAUCAAAAAAUCUAUGCAAAUACCAGUAUUCAUUCAUUUAUUGUUAUUUUCAGCGUCAAAAGAUAUCAGAAUUGGAGGAUCAAGUUCAAUGGUUUCGGUUGCGUCAUUAG